AGUUUCGACAAAUUAUUUAGCACAAUAUUAAAAGUGAACUUGUGCGAAUAAUUGAUUAAAAUGGCUAAUAUUAUAUUAUUACAUUUGCCUUUGUUAAUGUCUGUGUGUUUAACUUCGGGAAGUUUAUUAAAAAGGGAUGAAAUUGUUUUUCAUUACAAUAAUACAUAUAAAUACAAUGAACCAUAUACAGUGAAAGUAAAUAAAAACAUUGAAUAUAUUAUGGAAUUUGGAGGGGACGGCAUGGAUGCGUACGACACGCCAGCCCGCGUGACGGUAGCUAGCAAUUUCGCCAAUCGCACCUACCCAUUGUUCGUCACAGCGAGGCAGCAGAAAGGUGUAUUCUCAUGGCAAUUACCAAUGUUGGUACAAACGCCAGUCUCCCUGGAGCAGUUUAGCAACAUAUCCCGCACUCUAUGCCCUCACAACAACCUCUUCUCGGAAGACCAAGACACCUGUGACAUAUCACCCUUAAACAUUCCAAUAAUACAUCUAACGUCCUCCUCACCUGAAUCAAUCCAGGUGACAAUACUAGUCGAGACCGUGGAAGACUUUUACAUACAACUAGACUCGGUGACGAACCUGACGAGCACGCCUAGCCAGCCGAAAUACUAUUUCUAUCCAUUCGAUCAAAAGAAUAACAUAAAUUUGAAUACGCAGAGUCUAAAGAGGAAGUAUAGGUGCAACCAGAAAUUAAACAAGGAGGAACAGCAGGAAUUGGACAGUUACUUCGUCCGCAGCAACUUAGAGAUUCGUAAUUACGGAUGGUUCUCAAAACCGAAGAGCGUGAUCGUCAUGAUCGAGUCAGAUGACGACAUCUGCGCUGUUGUCUCCAUACAGAAUUUUUCUUGUCCAGUUUUUGACAACGAGCGAGAUAUUCUCUACGAUGGUUACUACUUGACAAUGACGCGUCGUGGUGGCAUUACUUUGACGCAAGAUACCUUCCCACUGGGUUUCUACAUCGUAUUCAUAGUCAAGACAUCAGACGGCGACUGCACUGAGGGUAAACCCUCCAACGGGACUCUGCCAAAGAUGGCGCAUUACUUUGGGUGGACUGAACAAACAGUUGAAGUUGCCAGCAGCGAUGGACGGGUUAAGAAGUUCAGUUUCAGAAUAAUCCAAACAAUAUCCUACCAGGAGUACAUAAUAGCGGCUACAGUGGCACUGUCUUUCUUCUUAACAUUCUACGUCGCGUUCUUCAUCGCUAUCUUCUGCAACAGAAAGAGCCACGACACCAACGUGGAAUCCAGUCAGAGUGAAGAAGGCCUCAUUACCUCUCCUAACCUACCCCACGACAACGAGAACGUAACCGAUCUACCAAUCAACGUAGCGAGACGUCGACGUAACGUCAUGUCAAACAGUGCCGAGAGUACGUCGCGUCUCGUCGGAGACGGAGACAACACACAGCGUAGUGAAGGCAGUUCGUCGUCUGACACUGAAUCGGAUUUCUCCACUUUAGACGACGCUAACACUGACAAAGACAUAUACCGGCACGGUACGAGACUCUGUGUGGCUAAUUUAGCUAGAUGUCGUCCUAGAGUGUUAUCAGCCCGAUCAAAGAUGUACUUAUGGAACGUUUUAACUGUAGCAAUAUUUUAUACAUUGCCUGUUAUACAACUUGUUGUAACAUAUCAAAGGCUUCUAAACCAAUCUGGUAAUCAAGACUUAUGCUACUUCAAUUUCCUGUGUGCCCACCCCCUAAUGGUGGUGUCGGACUUCAACCACGUAUACUCCAACCUCGGGUACAUUCUUCUCGGCGUGCUGUUCCUUCUUCAGGUGUGGAGGCGGCAUCGGAUGCAGGUCAAGUUACAGCACCAAAAGGACGUCGGCAUCCCUCAGCACUUCGGUUUAUUGUACGCUAUGGGCGUGGCGCUAGUCAGCGAAGGGUUGCUGUCUGCCGCUUAUCACGUCUGCCCCAAUAGCAUGAACUUCCAGUUCGACACGUCGUUCAUGUACGUGACGUCAGUCCUCUGCAUGGUGAAAAUCUACCAAUCACGGCACCCCGACAUCAACGCAAGGGCUCACGCCACUUUCGGUGUCCUAGCACUGAUUAUAUUCGUCGGUCUGGUGGGUGUACUGAACGCAAAUUUUUACUUCUGGAUCGCGUUCACAAUACUGCACUUGGUCACGUGUCUCGUUAUGACGUUCCAGAUUUAUUAUCUUGGCAGAUUUAGACUUGACGGUGGCGUUGUCUACCGCGCGGUGAGAGAGUUAGUGACACGUCCUCUUGCCGCCAUUACACCGACGUACUGCGGGCGAUGCGUGUUACUGAUCAUCGCGAACCUCGCCAAUUGGGCCAUUGCUGCUUAUGGGGUCACGCAGCACAGUAAGGACUUUGCAUCACAUUUGCUGCUCGUACUAAUGAGCAACCUGUUCUUAUAUACGCUCUUCUACAUAGUCAUGAAGUUGCUACAUAGAGAAUCUAUAAGGUGGUAUAGUUGGGUGUUCAUAGCUUUAACUUAUACAGUUUGGUUCAGCUCAAGUUACUUCUACCUAGACCAGAACACAAAUUGGGCGCUCACCCCAGCACAAUCUCGACAAAGCAACAGCGUGUGUUCCCUUCUGCAAUUAUAUGAUUCCCAUGACAUUUGGCACUUUAUGUCUGCAACUGCGAUGUUUUUCAGCUUCAAUAUGUACCUUACUAUAGACGAUAAUCUUAAUAACGUGCCUCGAAGUGAAAUAACAGUGUUUUAGCCGCUAUUUGAUCUCUACAUUACUGUUAUGAUAUCCUAGUUUUUUUUUAUCAGCUAAUGCAGUGUUUUAUAGCUGCAUUUGUGAUAUAUUCAAUUUUAAUACGACUCCAGGAGUCAAUAUGCUUGAAUAUCAUGACCAACGCAAAGUGUGAAUACCCCUUAGUGUAAGAAGGUCACAUGUGCAAUAUGA